GCUGGUAGGGGUGUUCGACCGAUACAACCUCUUGACUGACGUCGCCCACCAAGACUACGAGUCUUCUUCCGGUACAGCUACCAACAUCUACCACACGUCUACCACACGUCCAUACCCUAAACGGGUCUCAAAUGGACUCCAAGGCGUGUGCGUCUGCCCGAAUCUGCACCAAGACUCCAAAGGCUAUGCAGGUGAUGGGCAGUUACCCGUCCAUCUGAAUUGCAAACCACAGGGCUGGAAGCGCUCGCUUUCUUCUGCAUACCACUUCUCUCCACACGAUAGCCGCUUGGCCAUCUCCGAGGUCCAGAGUCAUAAAAGUAGUCUUGCCCAAACGUUUGGUAGGCUUCAAUCUCUCUUAUUCUCUUCUCCUCAAGCUUCCUUGAGGUUGCCUCAUUUUCAUAUCGCUUCGUUGAUCGAAGUGUUUCUGUCGUUAAAGCCUAUUUCUUUUACUUUCACUUCGCCUUUCACGACGCCGGACGCUAUUUUUUUCAGCACGUCUUACUUGCAUUCCUACAUUUUGUCUGCAUUUUAUUUCCUUUUUAGAAUCUUACUGGUAUUAUUUUUAUACACAAGAUGCCUGAACUAGUCCUUUUACCGUCCACCACAUACCAACCUCCCUCCCCUUCGCUGGCACGAAGACCGGGGAGGUCACUUAAUACAAUAAUGGAGGAAGAGUCAGAAGGAUCACAAAAGAGGGUGUCGAGGAAUCGGGGUAGAAACCAACCGGGUUCGUCGAAUGAGAAAAUAGUUCAAUGGCUAUCUCCACGAAGUGACCACUUCCCGACCCCGCGAGGUUUUCACUUCUUGUCAGCCCCUAUACUACCUGAAUCUCCGUCGGCUACGUCCGCUGAGGAAAGCAACUCUCCAUCGAUAUCCUCCUCGGACCCCUGGAACCGAGUUAGCAUAAGUACUGAUGUUACGGAGUUUGACGAUAUCUACGACGUUUCUGACGAAGAAGAUACUCGACGAACUUCGAGGAUGUCAUCGGUAAGGCGCUGGAAUAGCUCUCGUAAUACAAUGCUGAGGCAAGCCUCGGUUUCUUCGUCUGCCUCACACCGGGCUCUUCCGCCAUUAGUGAUCCCGGCGCAACAGAACCAAGACGUCCAGAACUUAUCAGGGAAACUGGAGUUCAAGAUGUUUACGUCGCCAAUCCCUCCGACACCGCCUCCGAAGGUUGAGAUGUCGCCGGCUGUGAUGUCUUACCUGAAAGCCCAGCAAUCUCAGGAGGUACCAACAAUUUCCGCCCCACCGUCUCUGGACGGCAGUCUCAGUUCGGAUCAAAUGGCUGCUCUAUCCGCUCCCCCUACACCAGUUAUUGGAGAAGAAAGCAUGGAUACCGUAGAUUGGUCUGGUGUUCAAUUGCAACCCGCUGCUUUAGCUACCCUACAAGCGCUAUCUGGUAGCGAGGACAACGAGAGCGAGUACCACGCAGAGCAGGUUAUCGAAGUUACUGAAGAGAGGAGGCCGGAAAUGUCACAGCAGACACCGCAUCUACUUACUACUAUGGCGCGGCCAGCUUUACGUCUCUCCGCUCGACAGCAGCAAUCCCUCAACGGAUUGACAAGGCUCGACAUUCCCUCUCCGGGCGGCUUUUUCUCUGGUCUUUCUCCUCAAACGAGGCACACUUGGCAUUUGCCUUCCAUGACCCCCGAUGACGUUGCUCCCCCAACCUCCACUACCGCGGAGCAGUUCUACAGAGUACCGUGGAAUGAGCCUGCUCCUCGUAUGCCGAUUUUGCCUGCUGCUUCUGUUCUCCCUCCUCCACCUCCGCGUCCCGAAAGGUUUGCAGCUGCCCCCCUCCCGUCGAUGCCGGUCGAGCAGAUCGUAGAAAUCAGGGGUACCAUGUCAGAUGGUAUUCCAACUGCAAGGCCAGCUAUCUUAGAGCAUGUCGUUGAGGCGAGGGCCGAUCUUACUGAAGAUGUCCUUACAGCCCGACGUAUUGAGCAAAGGGAGCCUUUAUCUCCUCUUGCUGCUCAUCUUGAGCCUUACAGUCCACAUGAGGAUAUCACCGCCACGGAAAUCGUUGCAAACUAUGACGCAGAAUAUGUUAAGAAGCAGCAAGAGGCCGCUUUGUCUAACCUGGAUCGGACCGAAUCAUGGCUCAUGGCGCAGAAGGCUUACCUCAAGGGUAUUCUCCCUGAGGAAGAAUUGAAGCCGGAGGCUGAAGCGGAGAUGGAAUCUACCCAUGUUGAAGAGCCCAAGAAGGAACCUGAGCCUGCAGUGACAUCUGCGAUACAGAAGAAAAAGACGGUUCACUUCUCCGAAAUUGAUGUCAAGACUAACAUUCCUAAAACCCUGCCGCCUAAGAUCGCCCGACAAGAGUCGGCCUACUAUCGAGCUUUCCAAGAUUACAUCAUUCGUUCCCGUAGUCAAGAUCCAUUUGUCCACCGCUUACCUCGCUUUGAGGCUCUACAAGCUCAGCGUAUCUCUCUACGCGAGGUCCACCGCAACCAGCUUCUCGGCAAGUACCAACUAUCUGUGAUGCCACAGUCAGCCAAGAAGCGCAUGAGCGCCAACGUAGCUCGCGGUGACGACAUUAUCAUCGAUGACCCGGAGAAGCUGAAGAAAGACAAGGAGCACGAGGCAUGGGCACAGAUGUCCAUGGCAAACUGGCACGUUGGUGCUACCAAGGCUUUGAACGGAGGGCGUCUAUUCUCAGCGCCCAUUGCUAAGCGUCUGGCUCGCCUUUCCCGCAUGGGCGGUGCCAAGGACCGAGCUCGUAUCCUGGAUCUUGGUGGUCAGGCUACUUGCGACUGGGCCUGGCACUGCGCUAUCAUGUACCCGAACACCAAGGUGUAUACAGUAACUACUAAGGCGAUCCGCCAGCUGUCCAACUCCAACAUCCGCGGUCCGCCUAAUCACCGCCAGGUCGCCGUCUCGCGGCUUACCAAGCUGCCGUUCCCGGAUGCGCAUUUUGACCUUGUGUCGGCGCGUGAGCUGCACUCCAUCCUUAAGUUCAUUGGUGAGAACGGCGAAGACGAGUGGGAUAGCUGCCUAGCCGAGUGCAUGCGCGUACUCAAGCCCGGCGGUUACCUCGAGUUCUCCGUAUUGGACUCGGAUAUCACGAAUGCGGGCCCCGUCGGGCUUGCUAAGAGCGUUGAGUUCGGCUUCACUCUCAAGACCCUCGGCUACGACCCUAGCCCCACGCGUAUGUUCCUUGGCCGCCUACACCGCUCUGGCUUCGAUGAGGUGCGCCGCGCUUGGGUGUGUCUGCCCAUGGGCGCGGAUCCGGCCGUUCGUCGCAACAGGAAGUUCGCACGCGACAGCAACGGUAUUGAGAGGCCUCUCGAGCUUGAGGCGAUGGUCUCUGGUAGCACAGAGGCCGCGGCGCCUACCGCCGGGCUCGCCGGUAGCUGGGCGUGGGAACGCUGGCUGCUGCGCUGCGAGAUGGAGAAGGUGGCGUCCGAAGGUCGUCUCGGUUUCCUUGAGACCGAGGCCCCGGAGAUGCGGGAGGCGGGAAAGUGCCUCGAUGGUGUAUACGAGAUUGUGGAGGAGGGACGACGAUGCGGUUCCGGAUUCAGGAUGUUGAACGGGUAUGCUCGGAAGCCUCUUGCUCCUGUUAAUGCUACUAGGAGGGGUGAAAAUUAAGCGGAGUUGUGGGUCAAGGAAACAGGUCCACCUGCUUAGGCUGGCGACCGCUUUUGACCCAUGACGAAGGGGUUUUUUUUCUUAUGUGUUAUGAGGUAUGGGGUCGGGGCCGGAGUUGUCGGCCUAUUUGUCGGUUGGGAACAUGUGCCACGUGUGUAGGUAUGAAUGAAUAGGCUUCACGAGGCGCAUGUAUGGUUGGUAAUGAUGAUACCCCGUUCGGAAUUGAGAUGGAAAGUACAAAGAGAGAAGAGAGAAGAGAGGAAACGAAGCACAUAUCUAUAAGAUGGAUAUACAUUAUAUAUACCUUAUAGUAUCUAGGAGACAUACAUCUGUCAACACGCAUAAACAUAGCACAUGCCUGAUAUAACGAUGUGAUAUCUUGUAGAGCUGCUUCUUAACACGAGACGUAUCAAAGAAUAUAUUGGAUAUAUAUAUAGCUAUAUACG